UUUACAAAUUGCAGUCGCUUCUCAGCUGCUUCAAUUUUAACACCCAAGAGAUAAACACACUUUUAUUGUAGAAAUUAUUAAUUAAAAAUAAAGAAAUUGGCCAUGGGCAAAGUAAUGUCGAUGGUGGCACGUAAAGCCAAUCGCUUCAAUGUGGAGAAUCGUGCGCAUCGUGUGCUGGAACGUGAAAAACCAAUGCCGGCGCCCAAAUACGAAUCCAAUCUGCGGGACAUGGAACGCACUCUCGAAUUGGAUCCCAAGUUUGUGGACAAGCUAAACAUAAAGGACGAUGGCUUGAACACACGACUAAAAGAUGUUUAUGUAACAUCAGAGGAUCAAUUUAUUGAGCGUGUUAUCAAACGGCAAGCGGCAACAGCGGCCAGCGAAGAGAAGCAGGAACGACCGCUGCCUUUGGAGCGCACAACGCCAGAUGAUUUUGAGUACGGUUAUUUGGAGCCGGAGCGUGUGGCACACGGACGUUGCACAUUGCGACAGGCGCUGCAGUUCAUUAACGAUCAUCAGCUGGAUCCUGAAACGUAUACAGCCAGUAAAAUUGCAAACGAUUACAAAUUAAAGCAGGAUCAUCUUGAGAAUAUAUUGUACUAUUUUAAGACCUUCAGCGUCUAUAUACCGGAUCAGAAGUACAAGGAUACGUUGCUAACGCGCGCCAAGCAGGAACUGCUGGAGAGGAAAACAAGUCCAGAGGAUGCCGAGAGUAGCAAACCAUAAUUAGGAUAGCAAAAAGAUAUAAUAAUUGUUGUUAAUGUUAAACCUAUGAUUUAUUGUACAACUUGCAAUGGAUCACACAAUGGCAUUGGGUGGGCAAUAGUAAAUAUUCAGCGACUUGUCUUCCGAGACAGAAAUCA